CGUUCAGUUACACGUAAGUAUCGGCGACAGGCGGUCGGUACUACUACUGUUCGUGGCUCGCUGGUGUAAUACAAAAAUAAAGACAUCGUAAUAACAAAACAAUCCGUUGUACACAUACACUUUUGUAGUUUGAAUGUUUGUCGGCUUUGCUUUCGUGAAAUCGUAACCGUGAAGGUGCAACAGCAAGAACGAAAUACUUUUCCGACUCGAUCGUUUGUUUUCCGCAGCUAAUGAAAGUGGUCGCAUAAAAGGAAUCGCCGGACACUUUGGGAAUUUUAAUUUAUGAAGAUUCUUUUUUUUAAGAAAUGGCCUUGGUACUUCGAUACGUAGACGAUCUACAUACGUUAUUUAAUAAACAUGGGGACUCCAGAACCGCCAACUUUCCACUCAUGUCUAGUCCAUUCUACACAGCAGCAAUAUGCCUUAGUUAUGUAUAUAUAGUAAAGGUCUUGGGGCCAAAAUUAAUGGAAAAUAGGAAGCCGUUUCAAUUAAAAAAUGCACUUAUAGCUUAUAAUUUAUUCCAAGUAGUGUUUAGUUUUUGGCUGUUUUACGAAUCUGGUAUGGCCGGUUGGUUUGGACACUACAGUUUUCGAUGUCAGCCCGUUGAUCAUUCCAAUAGCGAACAAGCGCGGAGAAUUGGGAUGUCGGGGUGGUUAACGGGACGGUACAAUUUUCGAUGCCAGCCUGUGGACUAUUCUAAUAAUCCAAUGACAUUACGAUGUAUGCUCAUUCAAUUUACUGUUUCAGGUGGUCACAGUACAUUCUUUGGGUUUUUAAACACGUUUGUGCAUAUAGUUAUGUAUAGUUACUAUUUACUAGCCGCAUUUGGGCCCCACAUGCAGAAAUAUUUGUGGUGGAAGAAAUAUCUAACAACGUUGCAAAUGAUUCAGUUUGUUCUUAUAAUGUUGCACGCCUUUCAAUUGUUAUUCAUCGACUGCAACUACCCCAGAGCGUUCGUUUGGUGGAUUGGAAUGCAUGCGGUCAUGUUCUUCUUCCUGUUCAAAGAUUUUUACAACCAGGCGUACAACAGUAAAAAGAGGAAAAUGGAAGCAAAAGCUGCAGCAGCAGCAGCGGCAGCGGCAAUAACAUCGAACGGAAAAAAUAGCGAGCAGCAAAAACAGCAAAACGGUUAUACGAAACAAAACGGCGCUGGCGUCAAAAAUGCUUCAGAGUACUACUCAAACGGCCACAUUUCUGAAGCUUAUUUAAGGACAUCAAAGGUCCAGUGAUAUACUGUUGUAGGUAUUUAACUAAUAAUAUAAUUGUUAAAAAUUAAUAAUUAAUAUAAUAAUGAAUUGUUAGCGUAAUUUAAUAGUGCAGUUGUUUUUGUGAAGGACUUAUUCUGUAGACUUUUAUUAUUGUUUUUUUUUAUUUGUACAGAACAACUAUUUGUUGUUAAUUGUUUCAUUCGAAGUUGCUCAAUUAAUUGUUGGACCUUUCCAUAGUAAAUAAUAAUUGUAACCUACAUUUUAAGAACACGUGGCCUUGUUGAAUAGGUGCUAUAAUAAAUAAUAUAAAAAGGAAAAAAAAAUAAAAAUUAAAUUUCUGUAUAGUGAGCUGUUACGGCAUUAUAAUGUUCGAGCAUGUGUAAAGUAUUUUUAUAGCGAUACAGCAAUAGUCGAGAGAACUUUUUGUUACAUUUAUACUAGUCUGUUGAUCAGAGAGAAAAAAUGCAAUAAAACAAAUCAUACAUUUUAUUAUUA